GCCGGCGCCGUCCCACGGGGCGGGGCCCGUCAGCCGCUCAGUCACUCGGGCGGGCGGUAGCGGCACGCGAAGUCCACUGUUGGCAGCCGGCGAUCGGGGAGGGCGCCGCCGCCUGCCGCGCCGAGCAGCAUGGAGGCGGCGGAUGAGGAGAAGGCGGGUAACGGCCGCAAUGGCUACGCGGAGGGCCCGGCGGAGGCGGCGGCGGAGCGGGGCGGCGGCGGGGGUCGGCUGCGGGGCUGCCGGGGCUUCUUGCGGCGCAACGCGCUGGUGCUGCUGACGGUGUCGGGGGUGGUGGCCGGCGUGGCGCUGGGGGCCGCCGUGCGCGGCGCGGCGCUGGGCCCGGCGCAGGUGGUCUACCUGGCCUUCCCGGGGGAGCUGCUGCUGCGGAUGCUGCGGAUGGUGAUCCUGCCGCUGGUGGUCUGCAGCCUGGUGUCGGGAGCCGCCAGCCUGGACACCCGCUCGCUCGGCCGCCUGGGAGGCAUCGCCCUCGCCUAUUUCCUGGGCACCACGCUGCUGGCCUCCGGCCUCGCCGUCGCCCUCGGCUUCAUCGUCCGUCCCGGCGCCGGCGCCUCCGCCCUCAACGCCCCCGGGCUGGGACUGCCGGGCGCUGUGCCCACCAGCAAGGAGACGGUGGACUCCUUCCUCGACCUCGUCAGAAACCUGUUUCCUGCAAAUCUUGUUGCUGCAGCUUUCCGAACGUAUGCAACAGAAUAUAAGUUGCUGCCCAAAAACACUACCUCAGGAAAUGCCACAUGGGAAAAGAUCCCUGUUGGUACUGAGAUUGAAGGGAUGAAUAUCCUGGGACUGGUGCUGUUUGCUCUGGUUUUAGGAGUGGCGCUGAAAAAACUUGGCCAGGAAGGGGAAGAUCUGAUUCGCUUCUUUAAUUCAUUCAAUGAGGCAACUAUGGUCUUGGUUUCCUGGAUUAUGUGGUAUGUCCCUAUUGGCAUUAUGUUCCUUGUUGGGAGCAAGAUUGUGGAAAUGGAAGAUAUUGUGCUUCUGGUGACCAGUCUGGGAAAAUACAUCUUUGCCUCUGUUCUGGGCCACUUCAUCCAUGGAGGAAUCAUUCUGCCGCUUAUUUAUUUUGCAUCCACACGUCAAAAUCCAUAUCGUUUUCUCUUAGGACUUAUCACACCACUUGCCACUGCUUUUGCUACUUGCUCCAGCUCAGCCACUCUCCCAUCGAUGAUCAAGUGUAUUGAGGAGAACAACAGAGUUGACAAGAGGAUCAGCAGGUUUAUCCUUCCUAUCGGGGCAACUGUAAACAUGGAUGGAGCUGCUAUUUUUCAGUGCAUGGCAGCUGUGUUUAUUGCUCAGCUGAACAAUGUCGACCUCAACCCUGGGCAAAUCUUCACAAUUCUUGUGACAGCUACCGCAUCCAGUGUGGGUGCAGCCGGGGUCCCAGCCGGGGGAGUCCUCACUAUUGCUAUCAUCUUGGAGGCCAUUGGACUUCCGACCAACGACCUCUCCUUGAUAUUAGCGGUGGACUGGAUUGUGGACCGAACCACCACAGUUGUGAAUGUGGAAGGCGAUGCCCUAGGAGCGGGCAUCCUUAAUUACCUGAAUCAAAAGGAAAAGAAAGACAAAGAGCAGGAGCUAAAGGAAGUUGGCGUAGAAGCAGUUGCUAACAGCAAGUCUGAAGGGGAAACAUCGCCUUUGGUAACCCACAAAAACCAAGUCUCCAACACAACCAGUACAGCAGACCCUGAAUCCAAGGAAUCAGUAUUGUGAACUAGAGGCCGUUCAUCAACACGCGUCCUAGAGGUUGACCAGGGACUUGUUAAUGCACCUAGACGUUUGCCAUGGUAACAAGGACUGGAUGGGUCUUCAAAGUUUUAGUUCCAGUCUGUUUUGAAAUAUGUUGGCCUGGGGAAGGGAGGGAGGUGGGGUGGGCAGAGAAGGGGUGUUGAGAAAGAACACUUGCUUUGUAAUAGUAUUUUGAUAAUUCAUAGGUAUACAUGUGUGUUGCACAUGCACACACAUAUACAUGUAUGUGAAAACAAUGCCAUUCUGGUCUAACAAGACUUCUGUUAGUAAAGGCUCAUAUGGGUUGGAGAGGGGAAGUAGACAAACCCAGUAUGUCCUUAUUUUAGGGAAAAAUUAGUAAGCUUAUUGUGUUGCUGCUUGAAUGGAGAUACAGUCUAGAAACUCCAGAGUGGGUGGAAAUGUUGCUUAAAUUUAGUUUCUGGCCUGGAAACAUUUACUAACCAUUACAGACACGAUGUAAAGCAACAUUUUUUUCCCCACUCCCCUUCCUCUCCUGUUUGCCGAUCCGUUAAAAAAGUCAAAUAUAUCCUGAAAACUAGAUUUUUCUUUUUUGAAAAAUGUUUGGUUUGUAUCUGAAUUAGUAGCUUGUAGGAGUCCAACCCUUGUUCUAUUCUUUCACUGCAUUGCAGCUCAUAGCACCUUUCCUGCCUUUUGGUGAGUAACUCCCAAACUUCGGGACCAAACACAGGAGAUCUUCGUGCAGAUCAAGGACUGAUUUUCUCCUUUCCUCUAACCAAUCUGUUAAAGAAAAAAUACAGAGGAAACACAAAUUUUGUUAAAGUAAUCCCUCUGGGGCUGAAGAAAAUGUAGUCUGUUCCAGCAUAAAUAUGUCUGAAAGAGGCUUGCCUGUGACAACAUCAAGAAAUCAGGAAGUCAGUUCCCUUCAUGAAAACAUGCAUGCUCCUUUGCUAGCAUGCUGUGUCCUGCUUAUGUUUAUUUAAUGGGUCAGUCCAAACAAGUUAAGUCAUAUCCCCUUACAGCAAAAUUGAACAGGGGAUGAAAAAGUCUGAACACACAUCAUGUGGGAACUGACGACAGGCAACUCUGUUGGCUUGAAAGGGGAAGAGAAGAGGUGAGUUUAUAACCCUGUGUAGUUCAGUGAUCGUGUGUGUUGGGACAGCUGCAUACCUGUUCCUGCUAGGGUUUUGGUCCUGCUAUAAAUGUCCUUCCGGCAGCAGCUUACAUUUAGUAAUUCUGGGUGGUGCUGGGCCAGGGUAGUGCUUAGUGGCAGAUGGUAAUCUUCUUGAGGCUGAGCCAGAUGCUUCUGGAUUCUGACUCCACCUUUUUUCCUUUACAACGUACUGCCUGAAUUUGUACCCCAAACAUGAACAAAGUCCGGCAAACCCACUGCAAAGAUCCUCUUGACUUAUCUUGGGUUUUUGGACAGCAAAUAGUUAGAAAAUUAUGGCUGUGCAUAUGCCAAGAUCUGUCUGGACCUGUGAUGCUUUUCCUUGGCUCCUUUAGUGAGAUGAUUGCAUAUGGUCAAUCUCCACACUGUUAAUUCAGCAAUAUCACUAAGCUCUGAUAUAAAGUAAUGCUACGUCUCCCUUUUUCUUUUCCCUCUCUUGCUUCAGAGGAAGCUAUCUUGGAAAGAUAGCCUGUUGCUGAUGUUUAUGUUUACGGCACUAGGAAGAGGUAGUUCCAAUUUCAUAUCAGCAGCAGUCUUCAUUUGCAGAGCAUCCUUCCUGGUAAAGGGACACAAUGAAUUUUGAAAAAAAAAAAAAAAAAAAAAGCUUAGGAUGAGAUGUGGCUACCUCUGAGGGAAAACAGAGUGAGUGCGUCAUUACUGGCUGUUUAAUCGUGUGCAGCAGGGCUAUGCAAACAAUCGAAGUAGGAAAGGAUUAGUCAGCCCAUGGAGAAACUGCAGGUGGAGUUUCUUUUUAACCACUUUGUUUAUAACUGUUUCCACAAAAUUUGGUCAUUCCUUGGCUCGCCUUCAAAAUGGAAGGAGACAAGCACAAUUCUCUAGGGACACCCUUUGCCCAGUAUUUAUUAUUUCAUUUUUAGCAGAUCAAGACCCACUGAAACUUUGCAUUUCCUCCCAUUAGAAUCAUCCCAACUCCUUUCAACUCAGGAAACCAAAAGCGCACUUUGUAGCUGACAAUGAAAGUCAACAAAUAAGGGUUGUUUUGAAAAAUGUUGGAGGUUUGAAAAAAUAGUUCUCAACAAAACCUUUUAUCUUUUUUUUAAACAAGUCUAAGUAUUUCUUUGAAAAAUCUGAAUGUACCAGAACCCCAAAUACUUUGAUUUUAAAGCAAUAUAUGGAUGUCUCAAGGAAGCUGAAAAUCAUGACUGUGGGUUCUGUAGUUGCAUUUUAGCCGCCAUCAGACAUUUAGCCCCUCUGCUGUCCUUCACCAUGACGCAUGCAGCUGGGAUUAGGACAUAAGAGCAGGCAGCAUUCAAAUGACAAUACCCAUGAAGCAUCACAGCACUGUUUCAGACUAGAACAUUUCUCUGUUGUUUUUUUUUCCACCACAAAGCUGUUGUUGCCCACAGGUAAAAGUACUCACCUGGGCAAGUCCAAAGGCUGGGGCUUCCUAGCAGGCAGCACCUUGGUAUUGCUGUAUUGAUCUUUCUUCCCUGUGGUGCUGCAGCUUGAAUGCACCUUGUCCUUGUAGCAGCGUACCAUAGGCUGUGGCACAUUCUUCCUGACAGUAGAUCCCAGGAAAUGGUAAAUUAAAGGCAAUACCUCAGAGUUGUCUUAGUAUUUUCCAAUAGCAAUGCAGAAACUCAAAUUCUCUGCUGAAGAAUGCCUCUCCCAGUCCCCACUAGUGGAUUGCCAUGUUUUGCAUCCAUGUGAAUGUCUAGUCCCAUGUAUAAGCUUGUUAGAGCAGUUAGAUUUAAGGAGGUCAAAUCAUUCUCGUAGUAGGAAUUUCACCAAGGAAAUCUAACACUUUAUCCUGGAAACAGGUGCAAUAGGAUGUAUAUGAACCAUGAAUAUUCAGGUCUUAACUCACCAGAAAUCUGUAAUCUUACAGAAGCCCUACUUCAGACUUACAAAGGUACUAGUUCUUUUGUUUUUCAUGCACAGCAAGAGGGAUCCCAGAGUUUUCCAUGGAAGCAGGAACAUUGGGUAACUACUGCUUGUCAGAACAUCUUCUUGGUCUUUCCUGUAUCAUCUGUGUCUGAAAUUACAUUUCUUGGUUUUCUGUGAUGUUCCCAUUCCUCAUGAGGCCAUGCCACAUCUUCUAGGGCUCUCCACCCGGCUUCAGAUUUUUUUUCUUAAGGUACAAAUGUAAAAGAUCCAAUAUUAUACUCUCCCGGACUGUAAAAAAAAUUUGGCACAUUCCAACAACUGCCCUUGUGACAAUGUGACAAUGUGAAUCCUGUUCGAAAGCCUGAUAAAUAGAAGACUUGCCAUUUGCUUCAGAUGGUCAAGAUCUUCAGUUACCACUGGGAGAAAAAUGAAAGGGCUGUUAAGGAUGUGCAUUUUAGAUGCUGUCCUUGACCUGUAGUGCAAUGUGUUACACUGGGAGCUUCCUAUUUCAGGUCCCUGUGCAUCCUCACUCCAAGAGGCUGUGAGGUGAGAAGGUGCUUAGCAGCAGUGGAGGUGCAGCCGGUAGUACCUGCUCUGUUCUCACCCAGGCACACCACGAAUCUGGUGCUGGUGUGGUGCUUCCAUGUCUCUUGGCCAGAGGUAUGUUUAUAUUCUCCCAACAUGACUAAAUUGGAAACCUUUAGUCAGUUGCUUUUUCUUUCAAGAGGAAAUAAAUUCCACCUAGAAAACACUAUUUUUCUUUUUGGUUUUAGUCUUUUUCGGGGGGGGGUGGGGGUGGUGUACAAAUUCUCUCCCUAGGAAUGCAGGCUACAAAUAGCUCAUGUCCUACCCUCUAGUACAGCGAUUGCUUUUUGGGAGAAAGAUAUGGGAAUAUGGAAGAGAAGAGUCUGCAAGCCUUUGGCAUAUACAAACCCAUUUUGUCUCUGAUGCCAUUUAUCCUCCACUUUUACCUUCUUGUUUUCUUUGAAGUUUCUUUGACUGUUUUAGACCAGCUUUUAUAUCUUCUUCUCCAGGAUUGGCUUCCCACUCUGUGCUUUAUCCAUCACUGCCUGAUCUCAUCCCAUUUUCUGGAAUGCCCUCUGCUGUUUUAAUGUAUUGGUGGCUUAGGUAUAAAUGGAAGAAUGGACAAAGUUUUGAGGGCUCCAGCUGGUCCUUGGGAAAGUAGUUUGCAAUCUGCCUUGCUCCUGUCCUUAACUCAUAAGAGGUUUCUGAGACUUAGUAAUUUAAAGAGUUGCUCAAGAGUGCAGAGCAGUAUCUGUCUCUCAUCCUGAGAAAGGUGCUUGUUCUGUGCUGUGAGAUGUGGCUAUGGAUGCCUGAAAAGCUGUAGUGAGCAAUGGAGGGCUUGCUCUUGGCUGCUUUAGCUUUAGCUAAUUGAGCUUUAGCUGAAUCUCAGCUGGUGUGUUGGUAAUUGCACUACAAGAUUCAGUAAUUGCAAAGGACUUUACACCCUUCUGGGGAUGGCUCUUGCAAUCAGGGUGGCUUUUGUGUUGAAAACAGACUAGGGCCAAACCCAGGGCUUCCCCUGCAGGGAUGUGACAAACAGGACUGUGUCCUUUGGACAUAACAGAAAUGUGGAGCCAGCCAAAGUGCCAAAUCAGUUGAUGAAACAACCUCUGCUUUGUCUUUUCUGAGCAGCCCUGUUACUGCCUGAGGAGGCAAUGCCCUGAGCUGGAGGUGGCAAGAGGUUGUGGGAGGACAGUAUGAGGGCAGGAAGGUUUUGUAUGUGCUUGCUCUGUUCCUAUACUCUUCCCUGGGCAUUUGCUGUGGCCAGUGCCAGAGAUGGACAUGACGCAGUGUCACCAUUCUUAGACUCAUUCUCCUGUGGUUCCUCCAUAAUUUACGGCAGCAGUAACAAAAACUGAGGCGUUUAGGCAGUUCCACUUUCAGUCAAGCCAAAGGCCUUGAUAUCUUUGUGACUGACCACCCUGCCAUAUGUUGUGGGUUAUGUCCCUGAGAGCUUGCAAAAGGUACAAAACCACCACCUUGUUCUGCAAAGAUUUGCAGUGUUGACCAGCAGUCCAGGCUGAAUCUUCACACUGGUCCUCUGCUAGCACAGCACAUUUCUGCAGCCACUGGAAAGCAUCUUCCUGUUGGAAAUAACGUUUUUUCCCUGACCCUCCCACAGGCAGUGAGCAAUGGGUUUCGGUAGGUAGAAAGUCAAAGGACCAAAACAAAAACUCCCACCAAGGAAAAAUGUCACACUUCCAUUGAUUUUUUUUUUUUUUUUAACUGGACCACGGCCUGCCUGUAAUGACUGAUCCUGUGACUGAUGAACAGUACAGAAUUAGGCAGGCCACAUAAAUCCUCUGCCUGUGGUUCCUUUUAUGUAAAAUUAAGUUUACAGAUACUUAUCUGUCUCUCACAAGCAAUAGUGUGGAGGAUAUUGAGUUGCAGUGUUGGGAAAGCACUCCUAAGACACAGUCCACUAAAUCUUAAAAAAUAAUGACCUUUUCAAAAAUCUGAAAGGAAUCAAAUAAAGUAAGCAUCAUGAAGUCAGAGUUGCAUUGAGCUAGAGUAUGAAUGGCUGAUGGAAAGGAGAUGCAACAUAUGGAUUUGCUGGACUAACUCAGGAAAAGGGGAGCUAGUGUCAGUGAGUUGCUUUUCAAAAAGCCAAUGUGAUUUAGUCAAGGGUGGGCACAGUGCCUUGUUGUAUCUGUCUCCUUCCAUCUCCACCUGGGAUGCCUUGAAAGCUUAGGUUCAGGUGAAAUAAGAGACAUCACCAUGAAUUCAACAACUAAACUAGGAGCCUUCACAGCUUUGUUUCUGUCUAGUUUCAAUGGAAGAAAGAGCUUUUCAAUUUAAAAAAUGUUGGCAGUGUGGGCGAAAAGGUGGUGAACAGGAAAAGCUGGAGGGUUGCAGCGGGAACAUCACAGAGGACAGGAUAAGCAAGUGCAUAAAGAAGCUAAAACACUGAAGGAAGCAUCUUUUCCUUGGCAUUUUGAUAGCAGAUAGCAUCAAAAAGACUGCAGUCAUUUGUUCAGUGUGUAGCAGACAUAAUGCAAAUCCCUGCCUGCUGACUGGCCAGGGCUUGCAGGGAGAGGCAGACGCCGAGCGCUGAUGUUUCUGAAGCGCAUCAUCACUGAGCAACAAUGAAGCAUGCAGUGCACCAGCAUGGGGCUCUGAUAAGCUGCUGCUGGCUGCUAGCCAUGACCACAGAGAAAUAACCAUACAGUUCUGGAUCAGGGAUUGACCCACAUUCCUCCUUGCAGGAUAGCUAGGACAAAUGCUCCUCAGAUAAAUGCAUGGUAGCCAUUAUUCUCUGAGGACAAAGAAAACCUUGUUAUCUAUGUGAGCAUAUUGGUGAAAGCCAUGUUCACUUGCUGCUCCAGUUUCAGGGAGGAGCAAAAAGGGUAUGGCAAACAAUCUGAAACUUUUUCCAGACAUUGGGCAACACGUUGAGACAGUUGCCACUGAAUAUUUUAAGUCUGAUGGGAAGCAAUCAAGAGCCUUAUUUGGCUCCCAUAGCUCUCUGUCCUCACAUCUGAGCACCAGCUAGGGAAGUUAAUGUUAACGUGGUAUUCAUUCUCCGCACAGGGUCUUUAGAGACAUUUGUGACCAGCAGGCACCAUUCACAGCUGCAGAAGUGAAUGCACUCAGAAAAAGGUGAAAGAAUGCUUUCUUGAGUCGCAUGAAGAAUCAUCAAGCAGGCUAAGAGCAGACCUCAAAUCCUGAAGCCAAGUUCAUUGUUAGCUAACAACUAUCACCUACCUAAAAAAAAAAUAAAUCUGGGGGUUUAUACAUACAUUGGAGUAUUGAUACCAACAUGUUAGUGUAGGAUGAUCACUUCUCUUUUUGGAGGAAUGGAAGGGGAGAAAUGUAGAAGUAGGAGAGUUAUCUUCCCCCUAGGAUGGAUUUUUGAAUAGAAGAGGGAAAAGAAAAUCUCUUUUUCAUUGAAGAGGUCAUGGUAUGGUUACUUAUCAAAUUCUAUCUCAGUGUUAGCAGAUAUAUCAUCCUCAGCUGCCAUGAAAUUUCAUUUGGGUUUAACGGCUGAUCUCAGUGCCAAGCAGAGGUGAGGACUGUGGACAUUUCAGCAGACCAACUGCUGAAAUCUUGAAGUCCUGCUCAAGAAACAUUUACACUUGUCUUUCCUAAGGCAACGGAUGCUGUUUGCAUGGAAAGCAGGCCUACCAACAGGAACCAGUGCGAGGAAAUGAAUUUCAAACAAACCGUGUUGUAAUCCAAAGUUAAGAGUGUGGUUUCAAGCCACAGAGACCAAGAAAUUUGAUAUUAGAUGUUCCUUAGGGUAGCUUUCGCUUGUGCCUUCUGAUAGCAGUGCUGAGAAAGUAAUACACUUCUUUUGCAAGCAUGUAUUUGGUAACUGAAGCUACACUGCAUAUAGCAUGUCAGUGCAGCUUAAGCUGAUUGCAGUUACGUGUUGCAGAAGGAAAUUACCAAGGGAAAUCUUUUGUAAAGGAAACUGUUUACAUAUGCCUGAAUCCCCCUGGAUUACAUUCCAUUACAGAAAGAAUUGUGCUUAACCAUAAAAAGUACUCCAAAUAUUAACUGGUUUGGAUUGUAGCUUUUUUAAGAACCAGAAGGAAUGCCACAAAACAGAUGGACCAGGGCCUUUGCCAGUGUGGGUUAAUGUAAUUUCCUGAGCUUUCAGUGGCCUGUGGACUUCUGAUAGAGAUGAUACCUCCUUAGCAGCACAGGGAUUUGGUCUGGUCCUCUUCAGAUGAUCAUGUUCAGUAAAGCAGCAGUAAAGGAACAUUUUUAAAACUUGUUGGCUAUAAUUAGAGGCAUUUUACAUGUUCACAAUAUUCUUAUGACAUGGUGCCUCCCACAAGAAAAAUGUGUUUUCUAGACGGUUAGCUAGUUAGUUAGUAGUUAGGUACAAACACCUAGUGUUGAUGCAGAAGCAAACCUUCCUAAUUUUUACCAGUUUUCCUUCUCUGUAUUCCUCUUGCAGAGUCUGCUGUGGUCCCUGGAGUCUGCCCAGACCCCAGCAGGACCAGGUUCCUAUAGGACAUAGAUUAAACUUAAAUUUAAAUUAAAUUAAAUUAAAGAUAUUCCAGUCCCAUGUGAGGCCAUAGACUGUCUCACAUCCUGUUAUGAGGGGAAAAAGAUGUAGCUUCAACUUUGGAGGAGGGGCUGGGCUGAAGAAAACCCUACUUCAUUAAGGCAAUACUUUAAUGACAUUUUACACUUAAGUCAAAUAAUUGUGACCAAACAAGCCGAGCCCUGGCUGCUCCCCGCGCUGCCCCACAAUAGAUGCUCUGUUGACAUUACUUCCAUGAGGACCAGUGUGGAGGUAAUAUAUUUGCCACCCCUGAAUAUUGCAGUCUUUUAAGAAUAUAGUCUUAUUUAGACUUUCUCUGUCGUUGUCCUGGCCACACUUUUACAAGGUCAUCCACAAAGCACGUGCUGUAGAGGAUGGAGACUGUGUGUAGCAUUACAAAUAGCUGAGCAUACCUCUGCUAAUGGGAGAUGAGCGUCUUUUCCAAAUUCCUUCUUGUUUAUGGCAAACAGACUGACUCACUCACCACUUUGUGAGGGUGAUGAUUUUGAUCAGAGUUUGAUUAAUCCCUCUAGAUUCAGGGACAGCAGGACCGUCCCCAAGGAACUAGUAGUCUCUGCAGCUGAGGUACACAAUCUGCCUUAUUAUCCGUGAAGGUGCCUUGUCCUGGUCCCCUUCAGGACAAAUUCCAAGUUGCUGUUUGGCUUUUGAAUAUAACUAUGCACCAAAUGUGAGAGACUCCAUUAUACCUGGAGGCAGGAGGGAGAAUGUGAUAUCCUGGUGUGGGACAGGGAAAGUGAGUUUCUUUAUCCUGUAAGCUCUCUGUCAGCAGUCCUGCCUCUGAUGUGUGUAUGCAUGCAUGUGUACUUUUAUUUUUACAUGAACACCAAUUGCUCUAAUUAGGAGGGAGGAUUCUUUUAUUUUAAUAUGCUAAAUCAUUCAAUUAAUUACUUUAAUAAAAUGACAGAUGAACUGUGAAAUUCACUGCCAUCUGCUCCAGUACAAUCCAGUAUCACUGAUACAAAGGUAUCUGCCUUCAGAUAAAACCUAGUGCUUAGAGUAACUACUCCAUUGAGUAAGUACUUGUGCCAUGUGGGUGUGUUGAUCCUUGUGAGCAUCUGUAACUGUUCCUCUUUCAAAGCUUUUGGUUUAAUCCAUGUGACUCUGUAUCAGCCAUUUUAUGAUCUACCAAGAACAGAUGUACAAAAAACCCCAUAUUGCUGUGUCUGGGGGUGUGUGACCCUGGGGUACGUAUUACAGAAGUUUACUGUGUAGUGCACCCUUUGGUGUAAAAACUCUCCCUGCCUGCCCGGGGAGAAAACAAUCCUGUGGCUCAGAUUGAGAUGGUUUGUUGUAUCAGGAGGGUGACACAAUAGGACGCUCUCUUUUUUUCCCUUCUCUUAUGGAAAUGUAAUUUGUUCUUUCUUUGUGUAGCUUCUCAAUCUGAAAUAAAAAUCAUGCCGAAUAAAA